AUGGCCUGCAUGAAACAGGUGUCUCCCAGCAUAAGGAGUUCCAGCAAUCCUCCUGAGGUGGCACAGAGCUUUGCAAACGCCACAAAGAGAAAGGUUGAGACGCCCAACAAGAGCAAGAGGGGUGACAACAAUUCUCCUGAGGUGGCACGUAGCACUGCAAGGGCCACAGAGAGAAAGGUUGAGACGCCCAGCAAGAAGAAGAGGGGUGACGAAAACGACACUGACCCUUCCCUAAAUUCCAGAGGCCAAUCAUCCUCCGAAGAAGAGACCGGAAUCUGUUUCCUCAGUGGCCACUACAGCAGAGCUGACUUUGAUAACGAGUACCAGUUGCUUCACGAGAUUGGUGAUGGAGGCUACGGAACAGUCUACGCUGGUCAGAGACAUUCUGAUUCUCUACCGGUGGCAAUCAAAUGCAUGCCAAAAGAAACUGUAAAGAUUGGAACAUUUGACAUCGAUGGGGAGAAACUUCAAGUCCCCUUGGAGGUGCUCUUCAUGACGGCAGCAGCAGGUCCAGCAGGCUUGGCGGGCAAAUCUGCAGUGAUACAGUUAUUAGAUUGGUACGAUCUGGGCGUUGAGAUUUUCCUGGUCAUGGAGAGACCGGCCCCCUGUGUCGACCUGUGCGACUACCUAAAGGGUAACCGUGGUCAACUGGACGAGCACAAGGCAAAGAACAUCAUGAAGCAGCUGGUGGAGGCAGCCAUAGAGAUGCACUCCAUGAAUAUGUUCCAUCGGGACCUCAAAUUGGAGAACAUCCUGAUCCAAACCACCUCUUAUGGUCCUCGAGUACGGAUCAUAGACUUUGGAUGUUGCUGCUAUGCACAAGAUACCCCUUACCACUCUUUCUUUGGAACCUAUUCAUGUGCUCCUCCAGAGUUUUUUAAAACAAAAAGGUACGAGGCCCUCCCCACCACAGUCUGGCAAUUGGGUGUGCUGCUGUUUGAUUUGGUGAAUGGAAGCACACGAUUGGACACCUGUGACUUCAUCCACAGUGGGAUGAAAAUCAACAAUGAGCUGUCCCAUGAGUGCCAGGAUCUGUUGCGCAUGUGUCUGGCUCUACAAUCGGACAAACGUGCAACACUGGAGCAGAUACGGGAGCACCCCUGGUUGUCUGUAGAAUAA